GUAGUUUGAUGUGUUCAGUGGUCUAUUCAAGUCAAUCAUUACACAUAGGGUACACAACUCUCUUGAGUACCUGGUCAGAGUUUUGCUGCACUACCAGACUGCUGAGCUGGAGUGCAGAUAACAGGCUUCCACAGGAAUCAGGCUUUAUAUCCCAAUUAUUAUCUUCACAGGCAAUUUGUGCCCAGACCAGCUGAACUAUCCAUGGCCUGUGUUCUUUCCCUGUUCCGGCCCCAGCCUUUUCUGGCCCUCAUUGGAAGGUGGAAACCUCCGUUGUGCAAGAUGUCAAUGGACUCUCGUGCACGCCUAGUUUUUGCAGCUGCAGUGGAAGCUGUGCAGCCAGACACCAUAGUCCGACAGAGUAUAAAGCGCAACGAAGACUCGGUCAGUAUCGACGGUCACAAAUUCACACUCAAACACAACCUGCACUUGGUGGGUUUUGGAAAAGCUGUACUGGGUAUGGCUGCAGAGGCAGAGAAGCUUCUGGGGGACCACUUAGUCAACGGAGUAAUAAGCGUACCAAAGGGGAUUCAGCAGACAUUACAGGAGCAUGGCAAAGGACAUCUGUUGUUGAAAGAAAACAGUCGCAUCAAAGUAAUGGAGGGGGCUAAAAACAACCUGCCUGAUACUGAUGCCCAGAAGGCAGCUGAAGGGAUCAAGCAGUUGGCAAGUGAACUGACAGAAAAUGACAUUCUGCUGGUACUGAUUUCAGGUGGAGGCUCUGCAUUGUUACCUGCGCCCAUCCUACCAAUCUCACUGAAAGAGAAAUUGGACGUUACCCGCAAACUUGCUGCUGCUGGUGCCACAAUUCAAGAGCUAAACACAGUGCGACGUGCCCUCUCUUUCCUAAAGGGUGGAGGACUUGCACAUUUUGCUCACCCUGCCAAGGUGGUUGCGCUGAUAUUGUCAGAUGUAAUUGGGGACCCACUGGACUUGAUCGCCAGCGGCCCCACAGUGCCGGGUGAGGUGUGGCCGGAAGAAGUCCUAUCAGUCCUUGAACGUUACAAGCUGUUGAACUCUCUUCCAUCCUCAAUAAAGGAAGUCCUUGGGAGACCAGACCCUCGUUGGAAGGAGACUAAGGAAGAAUCCACUGCAUCAGAAUAUGUUCAUAAUGCUGUGAUCGGCUCAAACAGUGUCGCCCUCAUGUGUGCAGGUCGCCGUGCUCGUGAGCUUGGUUUCCGCCCUGUAGUGGUGGCACCAGGAGUGUGUGGCGAUGUGAGGGCAGUCUCUAGACUUUACGGCCUCCUGGCCCGCUUUGCCUGCUCUCGGGAGGAGCCUCCUCCAGAGAUUGCUGCUGAGAUGCUGAGGCUGGGGCCUGAGGUUGGUGUGGAGAGCUGGGACCUCUGCCGCACCAUGCAGGUAUUGGGUGAAGGGCGUACAGAAGGGUGGGGGGCCACAUGUCUGUUAGCUGGAGGUGAGCCCACUGUGGAGCUGACGGGCAUGGGUCGAGGUGGGAGAAACCAGGAGCUAGCUAUGAGAGUGGGACUGGAGCUGAGAGACCUGGGGAUCCCACCUAAUGGUCCAGUCUUCCUGAGUGGUGGAACUGAUGGCCAGGAUGGACCCACUGAGGCAGCAGGGGCCAUCACUGAUGGGGGGUUGUAUGAAGAGGCACAAGCUCAGGGGCUGCACAUCGAUACCUUUCUAACCAACAAUGAUUCUUACACCUUCUUCUCAAGUCUCUCUGCUGGCAAACGCUUACUUGUACCUGGUCUUACCUGCACCAAUGUGAUGGAUGUGCACAUGCUACUUAUUCCACCAAUCCCCAUUACUAUAAGAUGAUUUAAAUGCACAAUAAAUAAAAUCAUUGAAUUCCAGUGGAUAUGUUUAGAGUACUCAAAUUGUUUAUAUGACUUGUCAUUUUAGAAACUGAAGUAUUAAAGUCUACUGGCAGUUUUGGCCCAUAUCAAUGGAAAUCUUCAUAAAACUGGUUCUCCUAUAUUAAGUUAUGCCACAAGUUUUGUUAUUAGCAGAGCACAAUUGACGAAUAUCUAAUUAAUGAACUUGUCAAUCAUCAUUUUUACAAUACAGCUUACGCUUUUAAAGACGUCAGGGAAAUCAGUAUUUUCAAACACAAACACUUUGUAACAGCUAUUUUAACAAAGCAGCCAUCUUUUCUUUCAGCUUUGCUGCUGGUCUCUUCUGGAACCUCAAGUUUCCUUAAAACAUGCCUACAUGUCAUGUACUGGUAUUUUACCUGAAAAAAAAAAUGUGCAUCAGAAAACCUUUUACCUUUUAGUCGUUUGAGAGGGCUUGUGUAAUACACAUAAGUAUCCAACACAGUUGUACCUAAUCUUCUCAGCUUGUUUAGAAUGGUUGGGGUGAACAUUAAAGUUAGGCACAAUAGAUCUUUUUCAAGCUAUUAUGAGGAGGUUUUAGGAGAAAUAGAUAGAAAUAAAAAAAAUAGUAAGCCACAAGCCUGAGUAUUUCUAUAAAGACAUUUUAAAUGCCUGAAACUGCUGCCUGCGGGUAGGUUUCAGGCAAAGUGUUUAGCUGAUACCUCCUGAAAAAGCCAGCAGGAUGAGAGUUUUGUCCAAAAAAAACCCCACUUCCUACACUGGUACAACACAAAGUCAGCGAAGAGGUAAGACAUACUUUUAUGGUCUCAGGGGUCGAACAAGUCGAUAGAUAGUUCCCCACAGGAGCUUUAACUCAACUCAGUGUUCCUUACAUGCCAGAUAAUGCAGUGCUUUUAUGAAGUUCACUGAAAAAAACCCCAUGACCUGCUUUACAGGGAUCUAUAUUCCACCAGUGUGUAUCUUUUUUUAUGCAGAAUUAGAAAUGAACCUGUCCCCAUGUAAUACUGUAAUGCAUGUGCACAUCAUUAACUCACUCCCAUUGAUGCAACUGAAGAUUAACAUAAUAAAUCAAUCAAAAUCA